AUGGCUCCGCACGGUUUUGCAAUCGCAAUCCCCCACGUCUCCGGCCAUGAGGAGCAGCUCAAUAACAUCUAUCCAGACACGGACUGGGACUGUGAAUCAGAGCCAUCCAAUACAUCUACUGCUACUGCGUCCAAUCUGCCUGGACCAGGCUGCAAUCUUGGGAAUAUUUAUAGUUAUUUUGGGAAGCCCCUUGAAAAUGCCAUCAACAGGCUUGCGGAGCGUUCCGGCUAUGGAGCCCGAGCAAUUGAGCAGCGUACUGCUUCGAAAAGCGAGUCGAACAGGCAUCUCGCUUCAUGUGCAAUUUUAUUGAUUGCUACUGCUAGUCCAUAUCUCUGCAAGCUGCUUUGGACGCACAAUGCGACGGGAGUCUUGGAACGAGUUUGGCAAAGGGAACAAGAGGAUGUACUUUGUGCUUUACUUCCCCUGUCACGAAAGGCUCUUAUCCAUUUGGUCGAAUGUGAGAUACGCACGAAAGGAAAAGAGAUGAUUUCUCUUGGCUCCAAAAUACGCCGGAUGGAGGACCAGAUCAGCAAUGAGGAACUCCAACCAGACCUGACGCUUGACAAGUUUCAAGCGUACUACAUAAUAUACUGCAAUCUUCUUGAACAUCGUUACCAUGCGAUGGUUUAUAUCGUGAAGCGUGGUAAAGCAUGCAGAUGGUAUAGCGACAGCCCUCAGGCAUGGGGACCUGCAAACGACGAGAACAACAACAGAGCAAUCGAUAGGAUGUACAUGGCAUUAAUCCUUGCCCUUAGCCAUGAAAUAUCCAUGCCAGGACAGACCCAGCCUGUUGACUGGGUCAUACUCGGAAAAAUGAUGGUGUACUUAAAAUAUGACUUUAAUUGCUAUUACCACGACCGAAGAAUGAAGUAA